UUUACUUCUUUACGGCCUGGUCAUUGGUCACAAUUCAUAGUCUAUUCUAUAGUUCGUUUUCCGAUACCUAACCUAACGACUAAAGUCUCCCUCCUUGACCUCACUGUUGCUUCCCCGAACCUGCAGCUUAUUCCUAUCUCCGGCGACUAUCAUCCUCCCCGGAAUUUAUUAGAGGAGAUGUGUCAUCAGAAUUGUUGCGUGCAUUUAUCUGUAGAAGAAGCAAUUGCAGCUGAUGAAAGUCUCUUAAUUUAUUGCAAGCCUGUUGAACUUUAUAAUAUUCUUCAUCGCCGUGCUCAAUACAAUCCUUCGUUUCUUCGAAGAUGUUUGCGUUAUAAAAUGAAGGCUAGGCGUAAAAGGAGAUUGGCAGCUGGAAUUGUAAUUUUCAACUAUAGGGAUUACAACAACAAACUACAAAAGACUGAAGUAACUGAAGACUUCUCCUGUCCAUUUUGCUCAAUGAUGUGUGUGAGCUUUAAGGGUCUGCGGUACCAUUUGUGCUCUUCGCAUGAUCUAUUCAACUUCGAGUUUUGGGUGAGUGAGGAGUGCCAAGCAGUGAAUGUCUCUGUGAAAAUGGAUAGAUUCUUAUCUGAGACUGUUGCAGAUGGAGUAGAGCAAAGACAAGAGACAUUCUUCUUCUGCUCAAGUUCGCGAAGACGCAAAUCAAGAAACCGUUGUCUAGAAAAGAAAGUUUGUGUACAGUUCUUGGAGUUGGAUUCUCCAAAUCUGCACAUGGAAGGCACAAGCAAUGGAUUUUUAAGGAAGGAUGAUGGAGAGAAUGCUUCCAAGUCAUCUUCCUGCGAGAAGGAUUUACACAACUCCAGAAAUGGGGCAGAAAACAAUGGUACUGAGUAUCCUAGUGCAACGGAGUUGAUGGAACGUGUUGCAUCAAGUUGUAAUAUCCAAGAUGUCUCAAUCCCCAAGGCUCAAUCUUCUGUGGAAUCUGAGUGCGUUAAAUCACAAUCUGGAAGUGAUCCUCCACUGCCUGCUGGGACCCAUAUUGCGAAAGCAAGAAAGUUAACUAUGGAACGGUCUGACCCUAAAAACCGGGCACUCCUGCAGAAACGACAGUUCUAUCACUCCCAUAGAGUUCAGCCUAUGGCAUUAGAACAAGUAAUGUCAGAUCGAGACAGUGAAGAUGAAGUUGAUGAUGACAUUGCAGAUUUUGAAGAUAGAAGGAUGCUUGAUGACUUCGUGGAUGUUAGCAAAGACGAGAAGCAACUCAUGCAUCUUUGGAACUCAUUUGUGAGAAAGCAAAGGGUGUUGGCAGAUGGUCACAUUCCCUGGGCAUGUGAGGCAUUUUCAAAACUUCAUGGAUGGCAGCUGGUUGGGUCGCCUGCUCUGUUUUGGUGCUGGAGGUUAUUCAUGAUCAAGCUUUGGAACCACGGUCUUCUUGAUGCAUCCACAAUGAACAACUGUAAUAUGAUCCUCGAAAGAUGUCAAGAUGGAGACGGAGGAUCUGAUCCUGUAAAAACCGAAAGAGGAGACGAUUAACUUAUGUAGUCUUGAGAAGCACAUGCAUCACGUUUGAAAUGGAGUUGAUUAUCACUUGUCUUAACCUAUUCUUUACUUACCCCAAACCCCACUCCUAACCCUGAGCCAUAUUUGGAAUAUUAACAUUCUUUCCUGUACAAUGGAAGGGAAUUUGGGUCUCCCUUCCCAUUGUUGUAAUCACAUUCUAAACAGGGCCCUCCACUCCCAGUCUCCCACGUUCACCGCUAAAAUGUUCAAAUCAGCUACCUUUAUAGGUUUCUCUUUUAAAAAAAAAAAAAAAAAAAAAAAAAAAAAAAAAAAAAAAA